AUGUUAUCAUCAUCUAAACUAUUUAAUAGUCAAUCUCAAUUAGAAUGUAAUAUCCAUUUAAAUUAUUUAAUUAGAGUGUUUGUUGGAUAUCUCAACCAAGAUUUUACAUGACUCAGUUAUUGAAUCCAAUAAGGACUAUAAAAACAUAGUAUUUAGUAGAAUUAAGGAAAUCACUCUUGAAGCAUUCUAAAAAUAGUUAACAGAUGAAAUUCAUCGUUUAUAAGCAGAAUUAAGAUAAGAAUAAGCUUUAAAUGAUUAAAUUAAACGAGAUUUUUUGGAAAGGGAAGAAACUAUAAUUUAAGAAUUUGAUUCUAAAUAAAGAGAAUUUUAAUUAUAAUAAAUCAGAGAAGUUUAAGAAUUAUAGGAUUUACUAGAAGCAUCAGAAAUAUAACUUCAAGUAAAUUUAAAUUUCAAAUUAGAAAUAUUAACAAUAAAAUGAUAAAUUUAAUAAGUAAAUAAAAGAAUUACAAUCUAAAGAACAGCAAUUAUUGAAGGAGAAUAUAAUUACAAAAGAAAAUUUUUAAUAAUGUGAUUAACUAUAAAAACUAUUAAAUUCUGAAUUGAAUGAUAUGAGAAUAAGAAAUGAAUCUCUUAAUUAAUUAAAUUAAUAAUUAGAUAGAUAAAAUAGUGAUUUUAAAAAUGAAUGUGAACUUACAUUAAAAGAACUUACUGAAAUAAAAAGAAAGUCAUAAUAGUAAAUGGAUCUCAAUAUUCAAUUAGAUUAAGAAAUAGAAUAAUACAAAAAUGAGAUUGAAUAGAUUAAAACAAAAAAUCAUUAAGAAUUAUCUAAAUAAAAAGAUUUACUUGAUUAGUUAAAAGAAAAAAGUAAUCAAAAAAUAAAUGAAUUGAAGAAUAAGUUAAAAGAAGCUUAAAAUAUUUAAUAAUAUUAAUAAGAAUAAAUGGAUGAAUUAUAGGGAUUAAUCAAAGAAUCUGAAAAUUAAUUACAUUAGUUAUAAAUUAAUCAUAAAUAAAAUCUUAAAUAAAUGGAAUAAUAAUAUACUAAAUAAUGUUAAGAUUUAGAAGAACAAUUUUUAGAUGAAAAAUUAAAUUUAGAGGAAAAUUUGACUACUUCUUUUGAAUAAGUUAUAAUAGAUAAAGAUAAAUAAAUCUAAGAUUUAAUUAAAGAACUUAAAUUAAAUAAAGAUAAACUAUAUCAAUAAAAUUUAGAAUUUGAGAAUAUGUAAAGGUAAUACUAAAAUCUAGAAAUGGAGAUCAAUCAUUUAAAUGAAUAAUUAAAUUAAUAAAAUUAUGAUUAAGAGGAAUUAGAAAAUAAAAAUAGUACUCUAGAAUUGGAUAUAACUAAAAAAGAUUAGAAAUUAAAAAUUCUACUUUCAGAAUUAGAUGAAAUUAAAGUAUUUUAAGAAUAAACCUUUAACACUUUAAGAGAAAACUAAGAUUAUAUUACUGAAAUUGAGAAGGAAAAUUAACAACAUUAAUAAUUUUUAUAACACAUUUAAAAUUUAUUAGAUAUUUAAAUUUAAGGAUCAUUUUCAUUUUAAAGAUUAGGAUAAGAAGUAGAAUAAAAAUUAAAAUAACAUAAAGAUGAUAUUAAACGAUUGAAUGAAUAAAUAAAAAAGAAAGAGGAAUUACAUAAUUUAGAAUUGUAAGAAAAAGAUUAAAAACUUAUGCUCUUAUAAGAUAAUUUUAAUGACGAAAACAAUAAAAUUUAGUCUUAAUUAUAAGAAUAAUAAGUUGAGAAUAGAAAAUAAAGAAAUGAAUUUAAAUAGAAAAUGGAUGAAUAAAAUAAAAUAAUAAUAGAAUUAUAAAAAGAUCAAAUUGAGAGUAAUAAUUAAAUAGAAUUCUUAUAAAUUUAGAAUCAAUAAAUUAUUUAAGAUUUAGAAUUAAAUAAUGAUAAAUUGCUAUGUGCUUAAUAAGAAAUCUAAGAUAUGAUCAAAAAAGAAAAAAAUUAAAAUGAUGAUAUUAGUAAAAAAAUUAGCCUUUUGAACAAUUAAAAAACUUAAUUACAAAUAAAACUUGACGAACAUAGAUUUAAAUAAAAUAAUUUAAAAUAAAGAAUUUUUAAAGCUUUUAGUAGAUAUAAAGAAUUUACAUCUAUAUAGUUAAUAGAAUUAAGAAAUUUUUUUAUCACUAAAUAAAAGUAAUUAGAAAAUGAUUGUAAAUUAAUGUUGCAUAAUUUAUAUAAAAAAUAAUUGCUAAUAACAGAAAAUAGGAUAUAAAUGAUAGAAAAUGAUAAAUACUAUGAAUUUGAAUAAAUGAAUUUAGAAAUGGAGAAAAAAUUAGAUAAUUUUAAGAAGUAAUUUAAACAAACAGAAUUAUUAAUUUAUGAAGAAGGUUAAAUCAAAUUAAAAUAAAAAUAAUAAUAAAUAGAAUAAUUAAUAAUAUCUAAAGCUAAUGAUAAUGAAUUUAAAAAUUAAAUUAUUUUACUAAAUAAAGAAAAUGAAGAACUUUAAAAGUAAUUAUAAUUACAAGAAUAAAUAUUUAUUUAAUAACAGUAAAAUUAUGAAUUAGAAUUAAUGAAUUUAAAUAAACUCAUUAAAGAAUAAUAAGAAGAAUUGUAUGUUAUUAUUAAUAAAUUAGAAUAUCAUAGUAAUAAUUCUCUGAAUAUACAAUGAGUAAAGAAAGGCAAUAUUUCGAACAAAGAUAUUAAGAAUUUAAAUUAAGAUAAGAAAAAAAAGUAGAUUAAAUUUAAUAAGAUUAUUAAUUAUAAAUCACACAACUAGAAAAUAUAAUUCAAUAACCUAUAAAAUUGAAAUCUUAAUCUCCUAAUAAAAAUAUUCAAAAAUCUACUAUUUAUAAUUAGUAAUCAAAAUAAUUAAGUAAAAAUUAAUAUUAUUUCAGACAAUAAAUCCUAAAUUUUUGGAAGUCCAAACAUUAAUGCAGGUAUAAAAACACCAAAUAAAACACUAAUUCAAAUUGAUAAUACAGAUAAAACAAUAGAAGAAUUGAGAUCAGAGAUUUAGCAACAGAAAUAAAAACUGAGUCGAAUGAAGUUGACAUUUACUGAAAGUCAAAAAAAGUCUUAUAAAAGAAAUUGA